CAGCGGCGCGCCGCGCCCCCUGACGCUGUGUCCGCAGUCACCGCUGUGCUGCUGAGGGGUGGAGUGUUGUGGGACGUCACAAGGCACCAGUACUAUCCCCGCAGCGUGCGCAGGCCCAAGACUAUCCGAGGACCGGGACCGCCACCAUGCUGGAGACCCUGCUGGCGGUCGUGUGGUGGCCGCUCUCCUGGCUGCUGCGGCCGCUGCCGCUGGCCGUCAUCGCCAUCCUCCUGACGCUCGCCUACCGCCGUAUCACGCGCGACCACGCGUUCUGGACGUCGCGCGGCGUGCCGGGACCGCCGCCCACGUUCCUCUCCGGCCACAACUUCCCCAACCCGCGCUGUUUCUACGAGUUCGAUCAGUGGCUCUACUACGAACAGGGCGGCAAGAAGAUGUGCGGCUUCAUUGAAAUGAUGCGGCCCGUCUUGUACGUCGGCGAUCCGGACCUGAUACGAGCCAUAACCAUCAAGGACUUCGACCACUUCGUGGACCGUCGUGACCUGGUUAUCAGCAAGUGUAUGGAGGACAUGAUGCCGUCACUGCGCGGUCGGAAAUGGAAGGAGGUGAGAGCCAUCAUGUCUCCGGCCUUUUCCAGUAGUAAGCUGAAGGCGAUGCACGAACUCUGCCUCGAAAGCGCCGACAACCUGAGCAACUACCUGCAGGAGACGACGCGGCAGCACGGUGAUGUCGAGAUGAAGGAGGCGGCGGGUCGCUUCACCAUGGACAACAUUGCGUCCUGCGCGUUCGGCGUCAACUGCAACUCGUUCAAGGACCCGAACACAGAGUUUGCCAAGCACGCGUCUGUGUUUUUCCGACCGAUGAGUGUGUACGACUCACUGCGUCUGGCUUUGGUGAUGGUGCUGCCCCACUGGCUGGGACAGCUGCUGCCAGAGCGCAGCGAAGCAGCCGGUGAGUUCUUCCGGCGCGUAGUACUCACCACGAUAGCGCACCGGGAGGGAGCCGGAGACGCCGGCAGACGCGACUACCUGCAUCUGCUGCUGGAGGCCCGCCAGCAGCACGGCGAGCACGUGCUGUCCAACGACAGCAUCGUGGCCAACUGUGUGCUCUUCUACGUGGCUGGCUACGACACGACGGCCACUGUGAUCACGUUCGCCUGCUACGCGCUGGCCACGGAGCCGGCCGUGCAGGCGGCGGCGCGUGACGAGCUGGACCAGGUGCUGGCGCGCCACGGCGGCCGGCUGACCUACGAGGCUGUCUCGGAGCUGCGCUACCUGGACCGGGUGAUCAGUGAGACGCUGCGUCUCUACUCUCCGUCCAUGCGCAUUGAGCGCGAGUGCUCCCGCGACUACCGAGUGCCCGGCACCGAGCUGACGCUGCCGGCCGGCACGCUGGUCGCCAUGCCCGUCAUCACCAUGCACCGCGACCCGGACUACUUCCCGGACCCAAUGCGGUUUGACCCGGACCGCUUCCUGCCGGAGGAGAAGGAGAAGCGCCACCCGUGCGUGUACAUCCCGUUCGGCAGCGGGCCGCGCAACUGCAUCGCGCAGCGGUUCGCCCUGUUCGAGAUCAAGGUGGCGCUAGCGUGUGUGCUGCGCGACUGUCGGCUGGAGACGGCGCCGGCCACGCCGCCGGCGCCGCUGCGCCUCGAGCCCACUGCGUUCCUGAGCACGCCCGCUGACCCCGUGCGCGUGCGGGUGGUGCCGCGCACAGACCGGCCGGCGUCGGGAGGCUCGGGUCCCGCGACUGAGGCCCCGACUGAGUCGGACCCCGCUCCCCGACCGGCCACCACUGCUCAGUAGCCAGUGCUAAUCGUCCCUGAGGGUGUCUGUAAAGUGGUCAGCAUUAAGUGCUCCCAAUCAGUAUGUCUGAAGAACGCUGCAUACGGGUCUUUUCUUAGUCAAUAUUUCUUCCACUACGAUAUCCGCAGUAGCAUCUCCAUUAAAAGCAAGCUAAUUGUUAUGCAUGAGUAAUAACAUCCACCAGUGAUCCUUGCUGUGAUCAUUUUGGAGAAAAUAAUCGACUUAACACUAAUGGUUAUUGGCCUCUGCCCCUAUCAACGAUGCCUCGUCACUACUGGCGCAUUGGAAAUAAAUAACUGGGUCAUU